CAUAUGCACAGUAAAAACUGUAUUGUUAUAGUGUACACUGAACUCCUUAGUGUGCCAGUCUCCCUUCAACCAAAAUAAAAUCAGCAAUGCUAUGCUAUAAAUAAACAAAAUCAAUGUCACUUGUAUAAAUGUACAUUAAUAUUGUGCAGAGUCCUCAAGUUCAUAUUUAACAGUCAGUGUGAUGAAAAUGGGCAGCGUUUAAGGUUAUUCAACAUUCUAAUGGCGUGUGGAUAAAACCUGGAGGGUCUCGGGUCGGGUUUCAUCUUGUCUGCACAGAUACACAAUGCUGUGAUUUGAGGUGCUGUCAUGAAAUGAAAGCACUGCAGCAUCUGUGCCUUUUGUCCUCAGGCUUAUCAGACUGACCGUCAAGGUGAUCCAGUCUGACCUCUGCCAGCCUGAGACAUGGGCAUUAGUGUUAUCAAGAGAUUUUCCAUACACCACAGUGCCUACAGUACAAAAUGCCUUUCUUGGUAUGUGGAUAUCUGUACUGCUUUGUGUUUGCACUUUCUGGAAGCUUCCACACUUGGAGAAGGUGCUGGCAUUUGUAGCUUUAAUAACUGGCCUGAUUCUGUUGUCACCAUGAAAAGAAUCUAACUGUCUUACUCCGUCUCUCAACACUUUACUUCCUGGUAUGAGAACUCAAUUGCAAUUGUAACUUUGAGGACCAAAACUUUAUUUAAUUUUAUUUGUUAUUAGUAGUAGUAGUAGCAUAAUAUAAUUCAAUUCAACUUAACCAGGCAUCCUGAGUUUUCAAGGAUUCAUCAUUGAUGGUUGUGUACUGGAUGCAGUGCACAUGUGUAUGACUGUUAUGCAGCUACUGCCACCUGGUGGUGUUUGUGAGCAGGACGAGCAGGUAAAAAAGCAGAAGCAUUGGAAGGGUAGUGUGCCUCUGCUCUGCUGCAGUGGGACUUUAUGUUGCUUCAGGUGUAGAGAUGGAGCGUGCUGGUGGACUGUGAACACUGGUUUGUGCUGUUUGGCAGUGCUGAGAUAAAGGACAGUGCCUGGGGAACAACGUUCCAGUGUCCACCUGAGGCUGUGUCUGCAACCACUCCAUGGUUUCCACUGUUUUUAUUGAAGAUAAAGGGGGGAAACUGCAUUUUUGGGGAGUAUUUUCAGUGAGUAUGUGUGGCAGCAGGUCGGUGUGAAUGGGACCGAGUCAUAAUAGACCGUGGUGAUGAAGGUACAUGUCGGGCAGUGCAGCAGGGUGGUCACUGCUGGACUGAAUGGACACGGGGGGGCUCUGUGGCCCAGGGGGAGGAGAAAUACCAGGCUGGGACAUGGACACAGGACCUUUAGAGGGAGAUGUUCACUGCUGGCUUUGCUCUUUCUGUCAGUACAGUGGACAACAGGGAUGGCCAAUGACCACCGGCUGUUUGUGACGAUCAGCUCGCCACAGGGCGUCCUCGAAGCUUCAAAGAACGCAGCCGUGGGUCAAAUGAACUUCCAGACGCAGGUGACAGGUUUUUAUCGAAUAUGCCUCGGGAACCACAACAACCAGUUUGGUGGCAUACGGGUCUUUCUGAACUUUGGCGUAGUCUACGAAGGUAUCGAGGAGUCAAAGAGUGGGAGGGAGGAGGGCGAGAAGGCCCUCCACAGCACUCUGAGCAGUAUUGAGGAGAGUGUGCAGAAGCUGCAGAACCAGAUCUUCCAUAUGUGGCGUCAUUACAACUUUGCCCGCAUGAGGAAAGGGAAGGAUCACUACCUCCUCCUGUCCAACCUCAACUACAUCACCUGGUGGUCGGCGACCCAAAGCCUCGUCAUCCUCCUGUCGGGGUAUCUGCAGCUCGUCCUCCUUAAAAGACUCUUCCACACAGACCCCAGCAGGCCCAGAUGCUGAGAGCAGGACAUCCACGUGUCUGGAGUGCUGCUUUAAACCCCACACCAUCUGUUUUCUCUUAUCAGAUGAUUAUUGAUACACUGAUACAAACAAUAAAGAUCUUGUACGCUAUCUGAAGCCAGCAACUAAAGCAGAUGUGUUACAGACAUCUACAGGUCUUUAAUAAUGUAGUCUGCACUGUGGCUGUUUUGGGUAAAGAAAUAUUAGCCAAUAUUAGACAACUCACCCAAACCAGUCGAGGCAGGACUUGCUUCCUGUUUGAGGCUUUUAUUUUGGUUAGUUUCCCGUUUUCUGUCAUCUCACCUGCCCCGGCUUUACUCCGAUCUACAAUCACCACUGGUGUUCACCUGUCCCUCGUUUUCCUCUGGUCUCUUGUGUAUUUCCUUUUUCCCUCAGUCUGGUUGCUAGCUCAUCUGUUCUUUCCUCGUUGCCCCAUCAUCCGUCUCUCUGCGUACCACAACCUGUCUGUCUGUUUUGUCCACUUUGUAGGUUUUUGUAUCAGCUGCCUUGGUUACUUUUGGACUAUUCUUUUGAGUUAUUCCUGUCAGCAGGAUUCUUGAUUAGUGCUCUGGGUUUGUUCUAGUUGUUUAGAAUUUGUUUCAUGUAGCUCCCUGACUGUUCUGUUUAGAAAUGAGUUUUGUACCGUAUUGUGAAGUCCUGUCAGGUUGAACAUAUGUUUGCCCCUUUGUUCCUCUUCUUUUAUGUUGAACUGAAUAAACA